AUGGUGGAAGCCAUUCCUCAGAAUGCGUGUUUGAGCAUUCCAGAUCCAUGCCAGGCUUGCAUCUGUGGAUGCAAGGAACAUGAACCUGAAAACGAAUGUACUGCUACUACCCGCUGUGCAUCUUCAU